CAUGCACUAGCUAAAUCUUACAUCCGAAAAAAAUCUGAUUUUGUGAUCUGUAGUGAGAUUUGAAUUGAAGAAGAAGAAGAAGAGAAGUGAUUUCAGAAGACUUGUAUAAAAGCCCCUUGAAAGCCUCUUUUUAUCACUACAGAACAAGUUGGUGAUACAAUAAAAAGAGAGAAGUGAUAUGGAGCAAGGUGGAAGAUCAUCAGGAGAGAGUGAUCGAAAUCAGCAACAAAGGAGAAUGAAGAUGACAGAAAACGUCUCAUCAGCUGCACAACCACCACAACCACCGCCGCAAAAAUGCCCUCGUUGUGAUUCAAACAACACCAAGUUUUGCUACUACAACAACUACAGUUUGACUCAGCCACGGUAUUUCUGCAAGACAUGUAGGAGGUACUGGACUCAAGGUGGAACCCUAAGGAACGUCCCUGUUGGUGGCGGUUGCCGUAAAGGUAAACGCACGAUGAAGGCUGGCGGUUCAUCAUCAUCAGCUGGCGGUGAUAGUCCACCAAGAUCUCAUCAUCAUCAACAACAGCCACAAAUAACGAAUUUGUCAGCAGCAGCUGCUUUUUUCUCAGGUAACAGUACUUCAAGAACUCAACCGCCACCACUUCCAUCGAUGAGUUCUUUGUAUUCUGGUGGUGGUGGUGGGUUUUUGUCUUCUUUAGCUGCCAUGCAAUCAAUGACUCAAUUAUCACAAGGUGUCAAUAAUCAUCAAUCCCAGUUUGGGGUAAAUAACCAAUUUGGUAAUUUCCAUAUUCCAAGUACUACUCCUAAGGUUGAUCAAAACCAACAAAUGGAACCUUCACAAAGUGGAUUUUAUCAAUUGGUCAAUAGAGAAAAGUCCAUGGAAUCAUCUUUUUACCCAUCUGAUCAAACUUUGCAAGUUCAAGCUACAAGGCCUUUGGGUUCUUGGACACAAAGGUUCAUCAACAACAACAACAAUAUUUGGCCAAAUAGCUCAGCCAGCAGCAGUGGAGGUGCUACUAAUAGCACCACCGCUGCUAGUGCAUCUCUCAGCCCGAAUCAGUGGCCCGAUCUUCCGGGCUUUGGCCCAUCAACAUGAGAAUUUAGGGUUUCUUGGCUUUUUUUUACAUACUGAAUUACUAAUGUUUCAUCCAUGAGAUUUUCCUGCUUGACAUCUAAACUUUGAUCAAUCUUCAUCAUGAGGAAAUGAAUGGAAGAAGUUUUUCAACGGUAUGGUAUUUAGUUUCUGCGUUUUUUCUUUCUUGUAAAUCGCAGACAAUAUAAUACAUAUAGACAUGAAGGGGAAAAGGGGGUUAGCUUAAUUAGCUAGCUAAAAUUGUUGUAUGAUGUUUACCUUCUUAUAGAGAAUUUCUGGAUUGGGUUAGGUUUGUAUUUUUGAAACUUUUGAUCUCAAAAGUUAAAUGUAUUUGUAUGUUAGAGGCUUAGAGCUUA